GGUACUUCUCGGUCUUCUGCAGGGAGGAUCCUGUGACUGACGCCGUUGUUUUCUGUUCUUAUUUCUCAAAUCCCGGGCCCUCCCCUCGAAGAGAGCGACAGCUGAAGGGUGCGGACCGUCGGUUGCUGGAACCUCGGCGCCGAAGACAGCCAGGCCUCGCGCACAGGGCGGAGCGGAGCUUCUUGGAAAAACUGAACCAGCUCUGGACGUGGGGCCGGAGCCGAUGGCAGACAAUGUCAGCCACUAACAACAUCGCCCAGGCCCGGAAGCUGGUGGAGCAGCUCCGCAUCGAGGCUGGGAUCGAGCGCAUCAAGGUGUCCAAAGCCUCGUCGGAACUCAUGAGCUACUGUGAACAACACGCCCGGAACGACCCCCUGGUGGUGGGAGUCCCCGCCUCCGAGAACCCCUUCAAGGACAAGAAGCCUUGCAUCAUCCUGUAGCUUUGUCUACACGAGGAGGGAGCCGAGUGCAGCCAGUGCCACCUGCGGCGGCCAGGACCCCACAUAGCCCUCCGCUCAGGGGUCCCACCGCACCUCUGGGCCCGGAGGCAAACCGUAGGAAGAAGCCAGCCCAGCUCUGCCCCUGCGGCCCAGGGACGUCAGAGGGUGAGGCCCCGCCGUCAGGGUGGCCCAACCCGGCCCCCACCCCACAGCCCCGGGCCGGGCCAAGGCUCGGAUCCUGCCCCAGCUAAGUAGGCUCCGGCGAGUGGCCCUCCAGUCCCCGAGCUCAGGCUAGGGGGCUGAGCCCUUCUCCCUGGCUCCCAGCUUUCCCCGGCUGGUCCGGGAGCACAGGGGCUCCGGGGAGCCUGGCACCCCAACACCUGCCGCUGGUGGGGAACGGGAGAAGGUGCCGACGCCACCUUUACCAGGCCGGGAGAAGGCGCCCGCGCCUCUGGCCCUCGCCACCAGGACGGAACCGAAGCCUGUUCCACAGCCAGCGGGGACUGACCCAGACACCAGGGAGCCGGCGCGGAGCGAGGCCUGUCGCGGCCACAUCCGCCAGCCCUCCCCACCAGCCACCUGGUGACUGGCGGCGAGCGUGUGCCCUCUGCCCUGUGACAGAAGCCUUAACCCCUUGAGCCCGCAUCGGAUCCCCGCACGCGCGUCCCCCCUCCCACGUCCCCCAGGCCCCAAAGAGGACUGGAGGUCCUGACCUCAGUGUCAGAGACACCCCGGGGGCCCGGACCCCUGCCCUGCCAGCCGUUCCAAGCCCCACCUCGCCGUGCGUCCCCACCCAAGUGGCCCAGAGAAGCCAGCGGAAAGCAGAGCCCAGGACCCCUGGCUGAGGGAGGCGGGUGAACCCACAUGUAUCGGCACCAUCACCUGCUCCGGGCCCAGAAGACACGGCCAUCGUGCUCCCUCAGGGGCUUCUGUGUCACACAGCCUGGGGUCCGAGUGGUCUGGGGACACCGAGGCCUGGCGAGGGUGACGACAGCCCGUUCCCCACCCUAGUGCCGCACCUGCUACCUGCCUCCCAGGUCCCACAGCCCUGUUCCCUGAGCCUGGCAGUCAAGGCCCCACGGCCUCAAACCCCAGGGAGCUGGUGAUUGGCAGAAACCCCACUGCGUUUUCUUUCUAGCUGAGGGAAAAAAACACUCGUUUCUUCUUUUUUUCAUUUAGAGUAAAUCUCACCGUCCUUAGUGUAGACCGAGGCAUCAGAGCACUCACGGCCACGUGUGCUGCCUGUGCGAUCCUGGCGCAAGUGUCCGCCAUGAAGACACUGUUACUAGGGCCCUUGGGGACCGGAAGUGCCCCGCGCAUCAGGGAGCUGGUGGCGGUGGCAGCGGGGGCCUUGGGGAAAACAGCGCCUCCCAACCACGUGGUGGGAGGAGACAAGGACACGGGGACACACACAGAGCAGGCGGGCCUGGGCACGCAGAUUCUCCUGUCCUCUGCUGCCAGGCUCAGUGUCGCCCGUGUGGCGGUCUGGCCAGGCCAGGCCAACACCCUGAUCCAGUGACCCCCCUCCAGGAAGAGACCACGCACUCCCCCACCCUCCCACAGGUGACCCCCAGACCAAGCAUUAAGUGACUCGGUUGUGACCCCAGGCCCAGGGGAAGUAAACCGCGGGGCUGGGCACAAAGUGCCGUCAGCGGCUUUGACGUCUGGCCCAGACCCAGGACAGUGGGGCCUCCGGGCAGCUCGUCCAUCCCUGAACAGCCCAGCCCUGCCGGAGCCAGGCCCACAGCCCACGCGUGAGUGACCAGGGGCAGUUUCCAGCCAAAGCGAGGCCACCAAAGGUCGCUUGUCUUGUCCUUCAGGAGCACUUAUAGAAAGCCGGCCUGCCACGGGGUCCCCUGAAAACAAGCCAUAGGUCAGACAUGACGCCCUCGUCCCCCGCCGUCCACGGAACGCGUCGCCAAACGCUGGAACGCCCGCUCCUGGGUUUCAGAAGCAACCUGCGGCUCUGGCAGGUUCUGCCCCAUCCGCGCUGGGCCGUCCAGUGGUUUUUAUUUCUGAUUUUUAAAAAUCUCCAGGUGUGCCACACCCACUUCCUCGCAGUGUUUUAAUAUUGUGUGGAAUUGUUAAUACGAAGUGAGUUAAUCCACAAUAAAAGGCUCCCGCCUCCUUCUCUCCCGGC